AUGGUUUAUUUCAUGCCGACAAGAUUUUUAUCGCUGGUAAUAAUUUCUAUCUAUCUAUCUAUCUAUCUAUCUAUCUAUCUAUCUAUCUAUCUAUCUCAGCAUAUAUUGCUCCCAAUUCAAUCAACCGAUCUAUUAAGUAUUGAAGUCUCACUCUCUCUUACUGUUUAUCUUGCAGUCUGCCUGGGGACAGAUUUGGGAAUGUCGAUCUCCGGAGAUGCGGCCACUCGAUACGCUCGCUACAAGAAUCGUUACUCAAACUGCACAUAUGUGGACGGCAACCUGGAAUUGAAGUACCUCGACCAGGAUCGAGACUACGACCUCAACUUUCUCAAAGACAUCCGAAUUGUGACCGGAUACGUUCUUCUCAUCGGUAUCUAUGCACGUUACGUGCCGCUUCACAGUCUUCAAAUCAUUCGCGGUUACAACAGAUUCGAAUGGACAGACGGUGCCUUCUGCAGUCUGUGUGUCAUUAUGAACCACAAAGCUAACGAUUCUGAAAUUGGUCUUCGUGAAUUGCAGUUGCCAGCACUAACAGAGAUUAGUCGAGGCAAUGUUGUGAUUUACAAGAACAAUUUUCUCUGCUUCAUCGACACAAUCACCUGGACUUUGAUCGUUCCACGCUCUUCACAAGUUACCGUUGUGUAUGAUGAAUCAAGAUCCACGUGCUAUGGUUGUAAUCAUGGCUGCCAUAAACUACGAACAGACACCAUCAGUUGCUGGGGAUUGAGCUUAGACAUGUGUCAAACGCAUAAAACGCAAAAUCAAUCAAUCAAUCAAUCUAUCUAUCUAUCUAUCUAUCUAUCUAUCUAUCUAUCUAUCUAUCUAUCUAUCUCAGUCUUUUCAAAUCUAUCUAUCUAUCUAUCUAUCUAUCUAUCUAUCUAUCUAUCUAUCUCAGUCUUUUCAAAUCUAUCUAUCUAUCUAUCUAUCUAUCUAUCUAUCUAUCUAUCUCAGUCUUUUCACAGCUAUCUCUCUGUCUAUCUAUCUACCUCAGACUUUUCACGUAGGCUAAAAACAAAAAUAAAUGUGUCUGAUCAGUCUUUUCAAAUCUAUCUAUCUAUCUAUCUAUCUAUCUAUCUAUCUAUCUAUCUAUCUAAAACAGAUAAAACAACGGGUCUGCCUGUUCCAGUUCUUGCGCCCAUCGUUGUUACGGUCCAACAAGUAGUCAAUGCUGUCAUAGUGAAUGCGCCGGUGGAUGUACGGGAGCCGGAUCAGAAGACUGUUACGUACGUGCUUCCAUACUUUUUUUCUUCUGUCGAUAUCUCAGAGGUUUCGUCUUAG